AUGGCUACCAAGACCGACGUAGUACUUGAUUAUAGCAAGUCCGUUGCAAUUGCUAACGCACCUCCGCCGUACGACUCGAUUUCCACGUCUACAUCAAAAUUCGUCCGAGAUAGACCGUCAUCUAUAUUUUCCCUUCUAAAUAUCAAGCAGAAGAUUAGCAAGUCCUUUACUCAUGCACCUCCCUCGAAAGACCCAAUCUCUACAUCUGUAUCAUCAGCAGAUUCUGUUCAAUGCCAGAAUCAUGCUACUGUCUUAUCUCGUAUCCGUGAUAUUGUCUCCGCUCCCGACAUUAUUGACACCCCUUCUGUUACCCUAACCGUCGAUGCCUGCGCUGCUUCUCUUUCAAUUGCAGAGUUCUCUGACCUCCUGCAAUCUCCCAACAUCGAGGGUCACACAGCGCUGUAUUGGGCAAUUGUCAAUAAGCGGCAAGAAGCCUUUUCGGCCUUUGCUGUAUUCAUUACCAAAUUCUCGCCUGUUUGCUCUUCCGACUUGCGUCUCGCAUGCGUGGCAACUCACAACCAGGCCCUGUUUGCGCAGUUGGGUUUGGGAUAUAGUGAUCCCAAGGACGAGCCUUUGAGACGCUCUUUGGGUUGUCCACCUGGUGACGUUCGGGUGCAUGAAGGAGAUGGACUGGGCGAGAACCAGUUCAUUGCUUGUAUCCGCAUUGGGAUGUUCCGGAAACGUUUGCACAUUACACAGGAUUUAGGUGUAGAAUUUGUUGCGGGGGGACGUAUAUGGAUGUUGCGCUUCUACAUGGGACCUGAUGGGAGGUGGCGCAUCGGGCUUAGUCUUUCUCAGCCUAGUUUUCCAGCGCGUCCAGACGCUAAACUUCUGAUCGAGGGUCACACAAAACCUGGUUGUACAACCCCACCUCAAGGGUUGGUAAUGACUUAUGACAAGGCAAAACUUCUUGUACCUGGGGGGUAA